UCUUGCAGCUCCUUUUCCCCAAGUCAUAAGGCCAAUAGUAGAUCUGUUGACGCAGAGGCUUCACUGGAGAAUUUCUUGUGAAGAUGACACUCAUCAGAGUCUGACCAUGGCCAUCCAUAGGUUCCUUUCUCUCUCUACCUAUAUCUCCCAUGGCCCACUUGCAAGUGAGUGCAUGCAGAAGAGGGAGUGUGCUAUAACUCUCAUGCACCAUAUCUCUCUCAUCUCCUCCCCCUCUCUAUAUUCUUCUCAUGAGGGCAUAUAAGACAUGAAGGUGUUCAGGGGCAAGAUUUGGACAGCACUAGGGUCAGUCAUGGACCAUGCAGGCGCAGCCGCCUCCACCAAGGCUUCCACGGCGGCGGCGCCGGACCGAGCGCUCCUAACCGACAUCGAGGCUGCCAUCGCGCGGUGCACCGACGGUGGCGGCGGGGGCGGGAGCGUCAGCGACGACCGGCAUGUGCACGAGAUCCUCUUUCUCGUCUCCAACGCGCCGGGCGCGAUCACCUUCCUCUCCCGCCGCAUCACGGCGCGCCUCGAGGCCGCGCGCACCCCGGCCACCGCGCUCCGGUCUCUGCUCCUCGUCCACCGCCUCCUCCGCGCCGGCGACCGCUACUUCGAGCAGGACUUCCGCGGCCUCUGGGCCUCCCGCGACCUCCGCGUCAACGCGCCACGGUGCGGCUGUUCCUGCUCUCCCCUCGCUGCCUCCGGCGCCGGGGUCAACUAUGUCACGGCCAGCGUUGCGGCUGCCACCGGCGCCUGCUCCUUCCUCCACGGCUACACGGCCUACCUCGAGGAGCGUAUGCAGUGGGUGAUCAACCAGUCCGGCAACCUGGAGCCGACCCCUCCGCCACAACAGGAUCCCGACGAUGGCAAGCCGCACCCACACUCCUCCUACGACCACGCCGCCGCGGAGGCGCUCCUCUUCAAGCUCGCCAUGUGCCAGAGGCUGCUCGACGUCGCCGUCCAGCUCCUGCCGGACAACAACACGAGCGCCAGCGCCGCCGCGCGCUCGGCCUUCGGCAUUGUGCUCCGGGAGAGCUUCAAAGUUUACGACGCCUUCAAGGAAGGCCUCGACCUGAUGCUACUGUCAAGAAGUGUCAGCCUCACCAAGUCUCUCAGGGUUUCGGCUCACGAGGUGCUCAGGAAGGCGUGCGCUCAGACGCCUGAGCUCAAAGACUUCUACCACAAGUGCAAGAAGAGCAAUGUCGGCAAGGUCAUGGAGUACCCCGUCGUCAGGGUCGUCACCCAGGCGACUGAGCUCGUGCCGCCGGUCAGCAGGGAAGAAGAGCUUGACAGUGCUGAGGUAGUGCAGGAGAGAGAAGGCGACACGUCGUUUGAGAGCAAGCUGGAGACCACUAUCAACGCGGUGUGGGUGGAGUUCGACGACGAUGAUCAGCAGGCUGGCCGUGAGACUACCGGCGACGAUCACGGCAGCUUGCAGGCCCAGCAGCCUAGCUAGCUAACCAGUGGAGUACGUAGGAGUUAUUUGCAGCAUCCAAGUAUAUUAAUUUUGAGUGAUUGGAUUGGUCUACUCGAUCACCUCUUGUCUUCUUGUGUUUCAAGGGUAGUCAACUGAAGGAUCCGGCCGUGUCUUCAUUCACUUGGCAAGAAAGCCAAUAAUUUUCCUUUAAA